AUGGAAGGAAACCGCAAGAAAAUUACAACAUAUUUGUUGAAAUUUACUAAACUUUUACUGAAAAAAAGUUUAGUAAAAUUCCUAACACGUUUUUCUAAUUUACUCUUUAAUAUAAUUUUUUCGACUUUUUUUUCCGUGACCAUUUCCACAAGGGUCUGGCGACUCUGUCCAAAACAUCUGAACUCUGGACUGAAGAUCGUAGAAAUUAGUGCUUUUAUAUCUGCAGGAUUGUUCAAUGAUGGAUUUAACUUUAUCUUACGAGUUAUGAACUCAAUGCAAAUAGUUAUUGGCCGCCAAUGCAUGUCGUACAGAGAAAAAAUCGAUGAUCAAAGGAUCACCGUACGAGAAGUGAGAACGCCCGCAAACUGA